AUGGUGUACCAGGGCAUGAUGGUGUACCAGGACAUGAUGGUGUACCAGGACAUGAUGGUGUACCAGGACAUGAUGGUGUACCAGGACAUGAUGGUGUACCAGGGCAUGAUGGUGUACCAGGGCAUGAUGGUGUACCAGGGCAUGAUGGUGUACCAGGACAUGAUGGUGUACCAGGGCAUGAUGGUGUACCAGGACAUGAUGGUGUACCAGGACAUGAUGGUGUACCAGGACAUGAUGGUGUACCAGGGCAUGAUGGUGUACCAGGACAUGAUGGUGUACCAGGACAUGAUGGUGUACCAGGACAUGAUGGUGUACCAGGACAUGAUGGUGUACCAGGACAUGAUGGUGUACCAGGGCAUGAUGGUGUACCAGGACAUGAUGGUGUACCAGGACAUGAUGGUGUACCAGGGCAUGAUGGUGUACCAGGGCAUGAUGGUGUACCAGGACAUGAUGGUGUACCAGGACAUGAUGGUGUAA